UGGCCGCGCCCCUCCGCGCUGGGCGGGCCGGGCCGUGGCCAGCCGCUAUAAGGGCGCGGGCCGGGCGGUGCGGGGCUGCCGGGCGUCUGCGGAGAUGUUGCGCGUGCGGUGUUUGCGCGGGGGGAGCCGGGGAGCCGAAGCGGCGCAUUUCAUCGGCUCGCGGCUCGGAAGGGCCUUUACAGGAUGGGUGCAGCGAUCUCUGCAGAGCACCCAGGCGGCUGCGGCCUCCCAGAACCGCUGUGCUGCUGAGGACAAGGCCCCCAGCCCUGCACCCAAGGAGUGCCCUGUCUGCUCCUACAACGAGUGGGAUCCCCUGGAAGAGGUCAUUGUGGGAAGAGCUGAAAAUGCCUAUGUUCCUCCUUUUUCUGUGGAGGUUAAGGCCAAUACGUAUGAAAAGUAUUGGGGGUUCUAUCAGAAAUUUGGAGGCCAAAGCUUCCCUAAAGACCACGUGAAAAAAGCUAUUGCUGAAAUUGAAGAGAUGUGCAAUAUUUUGGAAAAAGAAGGUGUAAUUGUCAAGAGGCCCGAUCCAAUUGACUGGUCUGUGAAGUAUAAGACUCCUGAUUUUGAAUCUACGGGUAUGUAUGCUGCCAUGCCAAGAGACAUCCUGCUGGUGGUAGGAAAUGAAAUCAUUGAAGCACCUAUGGCUUGGCGUGCUCGUUUCUUUGAGUACAGAGCAUACAGACGAAUAAUUAAAGAUUACUUCAACAAUGGUGCUAAGUGGACAACUGCCCCCAAACCCACAAUGGCAGAUGAGCUCUAUGAUCAGGAUUAUCCUAUCCGCUCUGUUGAAGACAGGCAUAAACUGGCUGCUCAGGGAAAAUUUGUAACUACUGAAUUUGAGCCAUGUUUUGAUGCUGCUGAUUUCAUUAGAGCUGGAAGGGAUAUCUUUGUACAAAGGAGUCAGGUUACAAAUUACAUGGGCAUUGAAUGGAUGAGGAGACAUCUUGCACCAGACUACAGAGUGCAUGUAAUAUCCUUUAAGGAUCCAAACCCUAUGCACAUUGAUGCCACAUUUAAUAUCAUUGGACCUGGUCUUGUGUUGUCUAACCCAGACCGUCCCUGCCAUCAGAUUGAGCUCUUCAAGAAAGCAGGCUGGACAGUGAUUCACCCACCAUUGCCACUCAUCCCAGAAGAUCACCCACUGUGGAUGUCUUCUAAAUGGCUCUCCAUGAAUGUCCUAAUGCUGGAUGAGAAGCGUGUGAUGGUCGAUGCCAACGAGACUUCAAUUCAGAAGAUGUUUGAAAAAUUGGGCAUUUCUACAAUUAAAGUGAAUAUUCGCCACGCCAAUUCAUUGGGAGGUGGUUUCCAUUGCUGGACAUGCGAUAUCCGCCGCCGUGGUACCCUGCAAUCUUAUUUUGACUAGUCACAAGCCAGCUAGGCAGCAGUGGUUCAGCUUCUUAAUAAGCGUAGGGAAUGAGCUCAUGCAACCAUUUUAACAAGUGAAAUUAAUUUGUUCUAAUGCUUUAUCAGUGGUGUCCUUACAGUGGUCUAGGGAAUGAUUUGUUCUUAAGUACUCUUCACUUUAAGCAAAAUAAUUGAAACUACUUCCAUCAGCAAUACAGGCUUUCUGGCUAGCUUUUUGAAAGACGUCCUUUAUCUGUGAAGCCUUUUCAUGCUGGCUUUGAAUGUGAGGACUUGACAGGACAGCUAAAGGCUCCUGUUUAGGUGAGCAUGGUCACCAACAUUGGACAUCUACCUCCGUCUAGUACUCUAUGAAAUAGGCAGCUUGAAAUGUUAAACUUGAAUUAACAUUUCUUAUUCCUUUUAAUCAGAUUAUUAUUCUGUUAGUGUUUAAAGCAGUUAAAACAGGUGCAACUGUACAGAUUUCUUAUAGAACCAAGUAAUUUCAUAAUGCUUUUCUUGUUGGACCAUACAAAGAAUUCCUAGUAUGAUCUAACUUUAAAACACUAUUUUUAUUUACUUGUGAUGUCCUUCUGCGUUUUCUUCUAAAGCAUUUGUCAUGCAUCUGAACACAUUUUUAUAUUACUUUUUGUAUUGCUGAAAUUGGUUCUUUUAUUUAACUUUUUAAAGCAUAUAAAUGAUAGCUAGUAGUCUGCAUCUACGGGUUUUACUGUGAAUUGUUUACAUAACUUAAAAACAAAACAAAAAAAAAACACAAAAAAAGCUCACAAAAACUGGAAGAAAAAAGAAAAUAGACGAAGGGCACAACAUCCCCCAGCUCAAACCUCCAACACUCUAACAACCUCCUUCAAUGGUAGCAGAUACAGAAGUUUGAGUAUUGAUUACUGAAUAUGUGCUUUUUAUGAUAAUAAAGUUUUGCAUUCUCUGUU